AUUUGAAGUUCAAAGAGACUGAAAGUUUCGUCAGGGGAGAAUUUGAUUUUCUGAUUUUGGUUUUUUUGAUUUUUGAUUUUCGAUUUUGAUUCUUGUUCUUGUUUUUGUUCGUUUGUUUCUUCCGAUUGAGUUUACUUCUUAUGUAAUGCAUCAGAAGAAAUCGGAAGUUCAGAUCGGAAAAGAAAGCAGCGGCGUCUCUUCCGAUUUCAAUCCAUCCCCUCCUCAUCUUUUCCCAUCUUCAAUCACAAUUCAUCAAAAACAUCCGCCGCCGCCGCCGUCGUCGUCGCAUAAUCAAUCCCACCGAUCUUUUCUUUCUUUCACCACUCCUCAGAUUCUAAUCGAAACUCCUUCUCAUCAUGACCCGAUUGCGCCAUCGCCGUCGUCUUCUUCUUCGAAUGCGCCUUAUAAGAGACCUCUCUUGACCCAUAAUCACUCAUCUCUCACUAAAUCCCCAACUCUUUACCGUCUUCCUUCCACUCCUCAAUUCAAUUCCCUCAACCCUUCCUUCUUCUCCGUCUCUUUGGCUGUUCGGAGUGCCGCUUUCCGUUUGCUCCGCCGCCUCAAGCAGCUUCGCCGGCUUCGUGUUCAUUUACGGUUGAUUCUUUUGUUUUCUCUUCCGUUUUUCUAUUUCUUAGUUUCUCAUCCAACUCAUUCGUUUUUCCUUGAUUUCCUCUCGGCUUUUGCGUUCUCUGCUGCUCUUUUGUUUUCUCUUAAUCUCGCUCUUCCUCGGCUUCCCUCGAUACGCUUGUUCCUCGCCCGCUCUUUCCCUGUUAAGCUCAUUUCCUCGUCUUCAAAUUCUAGAGCGCAUCUUCCGGUUUUGUGGUCAAUUGGUUCCCGAUCAAAAUCAGAGAAGAGAUUGAAUUCAGGUUGUUGGGUUCAGGUCUACAGCGAUGGCGAUGUUUAUGAGGGGGAGUUUCAUAAGGGGAAGUGUUCAGGCAGUGGAGUUUAUUACUAUUAUAUGAGUGGUAGAUAUGAAGGAGAUUGGGUUGAUGGGAAAUACGAUGGAUAUGGAGUUGAGACAUGGGCUAGAGGAAGCCGGUACCGUGGGCAGUACCUGCUGGGGCUACGCCAUGGUUUCGGGAUGUAUAGGUUUUACACUGGAGAUGUUUACGCCGGAGAAUGGUCCAAUGGGCAGAGCCAUGGACGUGGAGUUCAUACUUGCGACGAUGGAAGCCGAUUCGUCGGGGAAUUCAAAUGGGGUGUCAAACAUGGGCUUGGUCAUUACCAUUUCAGAAACGGGGACACAUAUGCUGGAGAAUAUUUUGCGGACAAAAUGCACGGAUUUGGGGUAUAUCAAUUUGCUAAUAAUGGACACCGAUAUGAGGGAGCAUGGCACGAAGGCAGACGUCAAGGACUUGGAAUGUAUACGUAUAGAAAUGGCGAAACUCAAUCUGGUCACUGGCAGAAUGGAGUUCUUGACAUUCCUAGCACUCAAAACUCUACUUAUCCAGUAUCUGCUGUUGCAGUUUAUCAUUCCAAAGUACUGAAUGCAGUGCAGGAAGCAAGAAGAGCAGCUCAGAAAGCCUACGAUGUCGGUAAAGUGGACGAAAGGGUGAACCGGGCAGUAGCAGCUGCAAAUAGAGCAGCCAAUGCAGCUAGAGUAGCUGCAGUCAAAGCAGUACAAAAGCAAAUGCAACGCGGCAGAAACAACGACAAUACUUCAGUUGUUUGAGUCUCUGCAACAGCAGUUCAUCAGUCGAUAACUUCGAACGAAGGUUCGUUCGAUUUCUGCUUGGUUUCAUUUUUUCUCACCGUACUAUUUAGCGCAUGCCUUAAGAGGAAGGAUUUGAUAUGGGAAACUGAAUAGGGGCCGAAAUAGCUAGGAUUUCUCUGCAUUAACAUUAUCUAAUGGGGAGAGAAAGAGAAGAUAAAGUAUUGAUAUGUAAACUAAUUUUGCAUUUUGUUCCAUUUUUGUAAAGAUGAGAAGAAAGGAAGGUAAGAUUAUGUGAAUGAAAUUACUGAUGGAAGUGUGGAUGAAAUUCUCAUCCCCUAAGCCAUCCUGUAUUUGAAUUUA